GUAGGGCAGGCGAAGCGCGGUGCAGGCCGGCAACUGGCUGCCACAACGGGCUGUCAGAGCUGGAUUGGUCAGCAGCGGAGAAGGAAGCGACCCGUGGGCCCCGAGCUGGCAGAGCCCGGCUGGGGCGAUGUGGAGCGUGGGGCGUCGCCGAGCUGCUGGAGCGUCGCUGCUGGGGCUACUGCUGGCGCUCUUGGUGCUGGGCGGCGGUGCCGCCAAGACCGGCGCUGGGUUCGUGACCUGCGGGUCGGUGCUGAAGCUGUUCAAUACGCAGCACCGAGUGCGGCUGCACUCGCACGACAUCAAAUACGGAUCCGGAAGCGGCCAACAGUCGGUGACGGGCGUGGAGGCGUCUGAUGACGCCAAUAGCUACUGGCGGAUCCGUGGCGACUCGGAGGGCGGGUGCCCGCGUGGGUCCCCUGUGCGUUGCGGGCAGGCGGUCAGGCUGACGCACGUGCUCACCGGCAAGAACCUGCACACGCACCACUUUCCGUCGCCGCUGUCCAACAACCAGGAGGUGAGUGCCUUUGGGGAAGAUGGCGAGGGUGAUGACCUUGACCUGUGGAUGGUGCGCUGCUCAGGGCAACACUGGGAACGAGAAGCUGCUGUGCGCUUCCAGCACAUGGGCACCUCUGUGUUCCUGUCAGUCACCGGCGAGCAGUAUGGGAGCCCCAUCCGUGGGCAGCAUGAGGUACAUGGCAUGCCCAGUGCUAACACACACAAUAUGUGGAAGGCCAUGGAAGGUAUCUUCAUCAAGCCCAGCGUGGAUCCCUCUGCAAGUCACGAUGAACUCUGAGUGCCAUGGAUGGGUGGAUGGAGGGUAGCAGGGUAAGGAGUCUGCAGGGCCACUCUUGGUGGAGACUUUGGGUUUGUAAGAAUUCUCAAGUGCCUUCGUUAAUUAAAGAAUGUUGGUCUGUGA